GAACGUGAUGUAAAAUCAACUCCACUCUCCAAGGCAUAAGCUGCCAAAAAAACUUAAUACAGCACAAAGAUCAGCCAUGGAGGGGGCUGAAAAUGGCUGCUAACGCUUUUCUAAUAAGCAGGGAUGAUGAAGUUGUUUCGCCAUUUCUUCCAACCUUUGACGCGAACUCAGUUAAGACAGUGACGAAUUCCAUACUUCAACACGAUGAUGGAAAAGGUCGGAUUGGAUCCUGGUGAAAAUCGCAGCGAUGACCUGAGCCCCGUUCAGAAAUAUUCCCCAGGACAGGCAGCGGGACGGACGAGCGAGCCUGCAGACCAAUCCACCGAGGGACAGCGGGUCCAAGCUGAGCAGCAAACUGCGUCAAAUGAUGGGGUUUCCAAGGAAACCAGGCACGACUCCCCUGAUCCCCUAUCGGAAGUGCCCGUCAUAAACCUGAUGCAAAGAGGGGUCCAGCCUAUAAAUGAGAGUGAUCAGAAAGGCACGUUUACUCAUUCAGUGCCGACCACCGAGUUGUCAAGACCCCCUGUGCCUCUGACUCUGCAGAGCCCAGUCAACGAGAAUCGGAUGGUCCAGUUAACAGCAGCGCACCUCACCCUGCCUGCAGCCAGAGCGAUGCUGUACAACAGCUCGUCCCAGUAUCAGACCCUGCCUCUUCUAAGCAGUGAUCCAGAACCAUUCAACAUGUUCCCCAGUAACAGAGCGAAACGAAGGUCGGGUCCUUACGAAGUGGAAGUCACUACUACUGGUGGCUCGCAGCCUAAAAUCGUGCGGAGGAUCUUUACAAACAGCAGGGAGAGGUGGAGGCAACAAAAUGUCAACGGAGCCUUUUCUGAACUUCGCAAACUGAUCCCGACCCACCCUCCCGACAAGAAACUUAGCAAGAACGAGAUCCUCCGCCUGGCCAUGAAAUAUAUCAACUUCUUGGCCAAGCUCCUGGGUGAUCAGGAGCAGGAGGGCGAGCAGCGAGGGUUACAACUGAAAGAAGGGGACAGUACCAGACUGGCCAGCGAUGACAUCGAGGAGAUGUCUCCAGACUCGAGCUGUGGAAGUUGUUUUGAUGGAACAGGAAGCCCGGGAAGCCUAAGCGAAGAGCACGAUCACCUCGAGUCACGACACGGAAACCACCAUCACUCCAUACUUCCUCCAGAUGUCAAUGGACAACGGUGAUAUCCUUGCAACAAAAAGAGCCGACAGGGAGAAUGGAAAAUUGCAGCUAAAAGAUAACAGACUGUUACACUUACCGUCUGCCGAAUCAAUUAGCGUUUUAUUUUCAUUUUCAGUACAACAUUAUCACUAACAUUUUCAGGUACAAGAAAUACUAAAUGACUGUCUUGCUGGAUGUAAAUUAGUCUGUUAUCGGAUUUACGAUUGACACUGUUUAAAUACAGGAUGUAAUAUUUCCUAAAAUCGUGGUACAUGUAAAUAUUGUACGAGCUUCGAGCGCCGUAUGUGGAGAGCAAAUGGAAAAUUUCCAUGGAGCAAAUUCUCCGUCAUGGAAAAUUCAAGACGGCCAGGAGUAGUUUUAUUUAAAGCAGUAACAUUUCCCCCUGACAUGUUGCAUGUUAGGCUUUUUAUAUCGACAUAAUCAAUUCAUACACUCUAGCCGGGACGCACUAAUCAUUUGUCAAAGAAAGACUGAGCAGGAGAGGUACUUUGUUUUACAUUAAAAUUUGGUCCCCGGAAAGGGAUCCCGGGACUUCAAACGUAAAUAUAAAUUAGAAGACCAAAUGAAAUUUUUAAGAAAAACUUGAAUUGUGGAGACAUUUUGCAAUUUAAGUU